CUGAGGCCUGUCUUCCACCCUCCCUCACGCAGCAUAGACAAGACACUGUGUUCGCCUCUGAUCUCUGUCAAGGUCUUCUUGUGAAGUGUGUAUGUGUAUAGAUGUGUGUGUAUUUGUGUGUGAGAACAUGAUUUGGAAGCAGGAAGGCAGGAAAGUAGGCAGAGUCGCCUACCACACCCAGGAAGCUAUGCUAAAUGUUGCAGUGCAUGUGUCACACUCACAUGUCAUUUUCCUGCCUAUAUAUGCACACAGUGUUUCAUUCCUCCAUUCUCCUGCUGGUGCCGUUGGCUGUGUUGUCGCCACGCUGACGUUGGAUUUGCCCCGGCACCUACUAGGCCUUGUGUGUCUGCACGUGUGUCUUUGACAAUAAGUGUAUUGAAUGUCUAACAAAGGUCAAAUCAUUUGGCAUGCUGUAAGCAUUUAUUGUCAGCCUGCCCAGUGACAGCUCUCUUCUUUCCUUUACACCUUUUCUCCACCCCCCCCAUACCUCCUCCUCUCUGUUCACUCUGCCCCACAUCAUUAUCAAUUUCUUUCUUUCUUUUAUAUUCGCCUAUAUUUUUUUUCUUCUUGACAUUUUUUUUUCUCAAACUCCUUUCCUCUUCCGGGUGGCUGGUUACCCAAGAUGCCUUACUCCAUGCCGCUUUGCUAGGCCAUAGCAGCAUGGGCAGAGCCUGGGUGGGGAGAGAAAACACGGAUUGGACCCUUCCCCUCAGGACGGGCGUGCUGGCGGAUCACCCUCCUUCAGCUUCAGAUGGGCGAGGACGCUGAGAGCCCCAAAAUUAACCACACCUUCCUGCGAGACUACGUCACUGAAGCUGAUGUCAUCUCUACGGUGGAGUUCAACCAGACAGGGGACCUGCUGGCCACUGGGGAUAAAGGUGGCCGAGUGGUCAUCUUCCAAAGAGAGACUGAGACUAAAGGGGAGUCAGAGGAGGUGGGAGAGACAGUGGACUCUGGAGAAUAUAAUGUCUACAGCACCUUCCAGAGCCACGAGCCAGAUUUUGACUACCUGAAGAGUCUAGAGAUCGAAGAGAAAAUUAACAAAAUCCGAUGGCUGCCACAGCAGAACGCAGCGCAUUUCCUCCUCUCCACCAAUGAUAAGACCAUUAAACUGUGGAAGGUGAGUGAGAGAGACAAAAGACCAGAGGGAUACAACCUGAAAGAUGAGGAGGGACGGCUCAAGGACGUGUCCACCAUCACCUCUCUGCAGGUGCCGGUGCUAAAACCUACUGACUUGAUGGUAGAGGUGCGGCCCAGGCGAGUGUUUUCCAAUGGACACACCUACCAUGUCAACUCCAUCUCCGUCAACAGUGAUGGGGAGACGUACCUGUCGGCCGAUGACCUACGUAUCAAUAUGUGGCACCUGGGUAUCACAGACCGCAGCUUCAAUAUCGUGGACAUCAAACCAGCCAAUAUGGAGGAUCUGACCGAGGUGAUCACAGCGGCUGAGUUCCACCCUCAUCACUGCCACUUGUUCGUGUACAGCAGCAGCAAGGGCACCCUGCGUCUGUGUGACAUGAGAGCCUCCGCACUCUGUGACAAACACACCAAACUGUUUGAGGAGCCCGAGGAUCCAGGGAGCCGGUCCUUUUUCUCAGAGAUCAUUUCCUCUGUGUCAGAUGUGAAGUUCAGCCACAGUGGACGUUACUUGCUGACCAGAGACUACCUCACCGCCAAGGUGUGGGACCUACACAUGGACAAAGGACCCGUGGAGACAUACCAGGUACAUGAAUACCUGCGGAGUAAGCUGUGCUCCCUCUAUGAAAACGAUUGUAUCUUUGACAAGUUUGAAUGUGUGUGGAACAGCUCAGACAGUGUCAUCAUGACAGGAGCGUACAACAGUUUCUUCCGGAUGUUCGACAGGGAGACAGGCCGCGGCGUGACCCUGGAAGCAUGGCGGGAAAGCAGCAAGCCCCGAGCUGUGCUGCGGACACGUCGGGUGUAUACAGGCGGCAAGCGGCGGCGCGGAGACGUAGGAGUUGACAGUCUGGACUUCACAAAAAAAAUCCUGCACAUGGCGUGGCAUCCGUCUGAGAAUAUUAUCGCCAUUGCAGCCACCAACAACCUGUACAUCUUCCAGGAUCGGGUCAACCCGGAGGCCCAGGCACAGCAAUGAGGAUGUGAACCAUGACAGCAGAUGUUUUGUUGAA